AUGCGGUCGAGUGCCGAUGUCGAUAGCGACGUCGCGAAGGAGUGCAAGGACGAAGAGUCUUGUGACGAUCCGGGAUAUCCUGUAGGGGCUACACUGGUGGCACGCUGGAUGGGGACAGUCGAGCGCACAUGCGUCGUGAUUGAUCGCACUGCUUUGAGCAACGAACGCUUUAAAUAUUACGUGCACUGGCAUGAUUUUAAUCGCCGGAUGGACGAGUGGAUCAAUGAGCACGAAAUUGUGCGCCGAGGUACUGAUGAGGAAGCAUUGAAGCUGCAAGAGAAAGAUGCAAAGGAGAAAGAAAAGGAGCAACACGCAAAAAACCGCAGCAAGAGUAAGGCAACCGGUUCAGGAGACAAGAAGGACGUAAUGGUAGCUCCAAGUAACGAUGCCUCAGCCCGUACUCGAGGGCAAAAGCGGAAGACACCAGAUGAUCAGGAUUUUGUACCUCAAGAAGAAGAACAUGACGAACACGAAGGCAUGGAUGCUGCAAGUAUUCGAGAACACGAGGAGGUUACUAAAGUUAAGAAUGUGCGAUCUGUGGAGAUGGGACGCUUUCGGAUGGCAGCAUGGUAUUUUUCACCUUUUCCAAAAGAGUAUUACCCGAACGGGUCAAUUGAUUGUCUAUAUUUCUGCGAAUUUUGUAUGGCAUUUUUUCGUUUUAAACGCGAGCUGAGAUUGCAUCAAGAGCGGCGAAUUUGUAAUCGCCACCCCCCGGGUAAUGAAAUCUAUCGGUAUGACAAUGUGAGCGUCUUUGAAGUGGACGGUGCCAUCUCCAAAGUCUACUGUCAGAAUCUCUGCUAUCUUGCCAAGUUGUUUCUGGACCACAAGACGCUCUACUACGACGUUGACCCAUUCCUUUUCUACAUUAUCUGUGAAGUUGACUCGCGAGGAUUCCAUCCAGUUGGCUACUUCUCUAAAGAGAAAUAUUCUGAGCUGGGCUACAAUUUGGCUUGUAUACUAACGUUCCCAUGUCACCAGCGAAAAGGCUAUGGUCACUUUAUCAUUCAACUUUCGUACGAGCUUAGCAAGAAAGAGGAGAAGGUGGGGUCACCCGAAAAGCCACUAUCGGACUUAGGACUUGUAAGCUAUCGAAGCUAUUGGACACGUGAGCUGCUUCGCAUAUUGCGUGAUUAUCCCGAAAGGGAAGUGUCCAUAAUGGAACUUACUCGGUUGACGUCUAUCAAGAAUGAGGACAUCAUCGCUACGCUGCAGCACCUUAACAUGAUCAAGUAUCUUGGUGGACAGUAUGUCUAUGUCGUACCAACACAGAUUAUAGAUGCUCACUUGACGAAGCUAACAACAAAAGGUCCACAAGUCGUUACUGAGAAAUUGCAUUGGGCGCCACUCCAUUUGGACAUUAAGCGCGAUAAAUGGUCGCUGAAAGCAAUGACAGCCGAGAAGGAGGAUUAG